CGCCGUCGGUCCCCGCCCCAGCCCCGGCCCGGCCAUGGCGGGCGCCAGGCCCGGCGUCCACGCGCUGCAGCUGGAGCCGCCCACCGUGGUGGAGACCCUGCGGCGCGGGAGUAAGUUCAUCAAAUGGGACGAGGAGGCUUCCAGUCGGAACCUGGUGACCCUGCGCGUGGACCCCAAUGGCUUCUUCCUGUACUGGACAGGACCCAACAUGUCCCUCAGCCCCACCCCAGCAUCUGGUUUCCCCAGGAGGUGGACACGCUGGACAUCAGUUCCAUCAGGGACACACGGACGGGCCGCUACGCCCGCCUGCCCAAGGACCCCAAAAUCCGGGAGGUGCUGGGCUUUGGGGGCCCCGACGCCCGGCUGGAGGAGAAGCUGAUGACGGUGGUGGCCGGGCCAGACCCAGUGAACACAACAUUCUUGAACUUCAUGGCCGUGCAGGAUGACACGGCCAAGGUCUGGACCGAGGAGCUGUUCAAGCUGGCUAUGAACAUCCUGGCUCAGAAUGCCUCCCGGAACACCUUCUUACGCAAAGCAUACACGAAGCUGAAGCUGCAAGUGAAUCAGGACGGGCGGAUCCCAGUCAAGAACAUCCUAAAGAUGUUCUCGGCUGACAAGAAGCGGGUAGAGACCGCGCUGGAGUCCUGUGGCCUCAAGUUCAAUCGGAGUGAGUCCAUCCGGCCUGACGAGUUUUCCUUGGAGAUCUUUGAGCGGUUUCUGAACAAGCUGUGUCUGCGGCCGGACAUUGACAAGAUCCUGCUGGAGAUAGGCGCCAAGGGCAAGCCUUACCUGACGCUGGAGCAGCUCAUGGACUUUAUCAACCAGAAGCAACGCGACCCGAGGCUCAACGAGGUGCUGUACCCGCCCCUGCGGCCCUCCCAGGCCCGGCAGCUCAUCGAGAAGUACGAGCCCAACCAGCAGUUCCUGGAGCGAGACCAGAUGUCCCUGGACGGCUUCAGCCGCUACCUGGGUGGGGAGGAGAACUGCAUCCUGCCCCUGGAGGCCCUGGACCUGAGUGCGGACAUGACGCAGCCGCUGAGUGCCUACUUCAUCAACUCCUCGCACAACACCUAUCUCACCGCGGGGCAGCUGGCCGGGACCUCCUCGGUGGAGAUAUACCGGCAGGUGCUGCUGUGGGGCUGCCGCUGCGUGGAGCUGGAUGUGUGGAAGGGCCGGCCGCCCGAGGAGGAGCCCUUCAUCACCCACGGCUUCACCAUGACCACCGAGGUGCCUCUGCGGGAUGUGCUCGAGGCCAUCGCCGAGUCCGCCUUCAAGACCUCCCCCUACCCCGUCAUCCUCUCCUUCGAGAACCACGUGGACUCGGCGAAGCAGCAGGCCAAGAUGGCCGAGUACUGCCGCUCCAUCUUUGGGGACGCGCUGCUCAUCGACCCGCUGGACAAGUACCCACUGGCCCCGGGCGUCCCCCUGCCCAGCCCCCAGGACCUGAUGGGCCGCAUCCUGGUGAAGAACAAGAAGCGGCACCGGCCCAGCACCGGUGUCCCUGACAGCUCGGUGCGCAAGCGGCCGCUGGAGCACAGCAAUUCAGCACUGAGCGAGAGCUCCGCCGCCACCACCGAGCCCUCCUCGCCCCAGCUCGGGUCCCCCAGCUCAGACAGCUGCCCAGGCCUGAGCAAUGGGGAGGAGGCGGGGCCCGAGAAGGCUGCCCUGGAGCCUCGGAAGUCUCUGGGUGGGGGCCCCGAUGUGCUUGGGCCUGCCAACCCCGAGGAUGAGGAGGAAGACGAGGAAGAGGAGGAACAGGACCCCAAAAAGUCAACCACGGAUGAGGGCACCGCCAGCAGUGAGGUCAAUGCCACUGAGGAAAUGUCGACGCUUGUCAACUAUACUGAGCCUGUGAAGUUCAAGUCCUUCGAGGCUGCUCGAAAGAGGAACAAAUGCUUCGAGAUGUCAUCCUUCGUGGAGACCAAGGCCCUGGAGCAACUGACCAAGAGCCCCAUGGAGUUUGUAGAAUACAACAAGCAGCAGCUGAGCCGCAUCUACCCCAAGGGCACCCGCGUGGACUCAUCCAACUACAUGCCCCAGCUCUUCUGGAACGUGGGCUGCCAGCUCGUUGCGCUCAACUUCCAGACCCUGGAUGUGCCGAUGCAGCUCAACGCAGGUGUGUUCGAGUACAACGGGCGCAGCGGGUACCUGCUCAAGCCUGAGUUCAUGCGGCGGGCAGACAAGUCCUUUGACCCCUUCACCGAGGUCAUCGUGGACGGCAUCGUGGCCAACGCCUUGAGGGUCAAGGUGAUCUCGGGGCAGUUCCUGUCCGACAGGAAGGUGGGCAUCUACGUGGAGGUGGAUAUGUUUGGCCUCCCCGUGGACACGCGGCGCAAGUACCGCACGCGGACCUCGCAGGGCAACUCGUUCAACCCCGUGUGGGAUGAGGAUCCCUUCGACUUCCCCAAGGUGGUGCUGCCCACGUUGGCGUCACUCCGCAUCGCAGCCUUUGAGGAGGGCGGCAAAUUCGUAGGGCACCGGGUCCUGCCUGUCUCUGCCAUCCGCUCAGGGUACCACUAUGUCUGCCUGCGGAAUGAGGCCAACCAGCCGCUGUGCCUGCCGGCCCUGCUCAUCUACACGGAAGCCUCCGACUACAUCCCCGAUGACCACCAGGACUAUGCAGAAGCCCUGAUCAACCCCAUCAAGCAUGUCAGCCUGAUGGACCAGAGGGCCAAGCAACUGGCUGCCCUCAUUGGGGAGAGUGAGGCCCAGGCUGGCCCAGAGACAUCCCAGGAGGCCCAGUCUCAGCAUCUGGGGUCCCAGCUGUCCCCAAGCCCCACACCCAGCCCACUGGAUACCUCUCCCCGCCGGCCCCUAGGUCCUACCCCCUCCUCCAGCAGCCCGUCCCUCAGCAGCCCAGGACAGCGGGACGAUCUCAUCGCCAGCAUCCUCUCAGAGGUGGUCCCGACCCCACUGGAUGAGCUCCAAGGCCACAAGGUGCUGGCGAAGCUUCAGAGCCGGCAGGAGCGAGACCUGCGGGAGCUGCGCAAGAAGCAUCAGCGGAAAGCGGUGGCCCUCACCCGCCGCUUGCUCGACAGCCUGGCCCAGGCCCGGGCCGAGGGCAGGCGCCGGUCAGCUGUCCCGGGUGGGGCCGCUGACAUGGAGGAAGACAAGGGGGAGGAAGAGGAAGAAAAGCGGUAUCAAGAUUUCCAGAAGCAACAGUUGCAGAGUCUGCUGGAGCUGCGGGAGGCCCAGGUGGACACAGAGGCCGAGCGGAGGCUGGAGCACCUGAAACAGGCUCAGCACCGGCUCAGGGAGAUUGUCCUGGAGGCACACACCACUCAGACCAAGAGGCUGAAGGAGACAAAUGAGAGGGAGAAGAAGGAGCUGCAGAAGAUCCUGGACAGGAAGCGCCACAACAGUAUCUCGGAGGCCAAAACAAGGGAGAAGCAUAAGAAGGAAGCGGAACUGACAGAGAUCAACCGUCGGCACAUCACGGAGUCGGUCAACUCCAUCCGCCGGCUGGAGGAGGCCCAGAAGCAGCGACAUGACCGCCUUGUGGCUGGACAGCAGCAGGUCCUACAGCAGCUGGCAGAAGAGGAACCCAAGCUGCUGGCCAAGCUGGUCCAGGAGUGUCAGGAGCAGCGGGCGAGGCUGCCCCAGGAGAUCCGCUGCAGCCUGCUGGGCGAGACGCCAGAGGGGCUGGGGGACGGGCCCCGGGUGGCCUGUGCCAGCAACGGUCAUGCACCUGGGAGCAGCGGGCACCUGUCCGGCGCUGACUCGGAGAGCCAGGAGGAGAACACGCAGCUCUGAGCUGGCUGGGCAAGAGGUUGCCAGGGCGGGCACCAGGAGGAAGGCAGGAGGCUAAGACACUAAUUUCUUUUUUUAACUUUUGAAUCUUUAGAAAUUUUAUUUUUUUAAACCUGGGGUGAGUACCCCACCCUAACUCCUUUUGCCCUCCUAGGCCCCUGUCGGUCCCCGGACCCUGCUUUCUGCCCUCAGUCCUAGGGAAGGUGCUGGGUCACCUCAGGCCAGAGGGCCUGGGCCAGGGGCGUGGCACCCCCGCCCAGAGAGGCAGCUGUCUACCCCCACCUCCUCCGGGCACACUGGGUGGGGAUCUUUGAGCUUUGGGAAGUAGGGGUCACUUUCUCUAUUCUUGGGGAUUUUUUUUUUUUACAUGAAUAAAAAUGGCUUUCAGGGACCCCCGUGUGCAGUGUGGUUUGGGGUGGGGCAGGGCUGGAGAGGACUCUGGAGUGUAGAUGUGGCUCUUGGGGGGCUGAGGUUCCUCCUCUAUAAAAUGGGUUCAUGGGCAUUUGGUGGGGUUGUGGUCAGGUCCCCAGGGAAGGGGUAGUGUCUGUAUCUUCAGGCUUCCUUGCCCAGGGCCUGCAAAUCCUCCCAGAGACCCCCCUGCCUGCCACCUUUGCCCGUUUCCACCCGUUGCCCUUCCCAGAGGCUCAGGCCUCUGUCCAGGAAGCUUUCCCUGCCCCCUCCUCCCUUCCUGCUGCCUGAUAGGACCAAGAGCCCAGCAUCUUCCGCCAGGCCGGCUCGGGCCCCACACGGGCCGUGGAUUCUGCUUGGGGGAUGGACUGGCUGGAGGUGGGGGGAGUGGAGUGGGCGGCUCAGAAGCUGCCCAGCACCAGGGACCCAGGCUCUCAGCUGUGGGUGGGAAGUGGGCCUGGCUGUGACCCCUGGGAAAAGGGGAGCUGACGUCACAGGCACUGGCAGGGGCCUGGGGACCCAGCGUCCCUCUCGUCCCUGUGAAGGAGAUAUUAUACCUGUUUUACAGAUGAGGAAACAGGCUCAGAGCGGAAGUCGUGUGUUCCAGGCCACAGCUAAGUCAAGACGUGCUGACCUGGAGGCUCAGGGUGGACCUGGACUCUCCACAGCAUGCUGUCUGCGGCCGGCCUGGAGGACUUGCCCCCUGUGUCCCGCCCCCGCCACGGGAACAGCGUGGAGUGGCAGGAGCCCGCAGCGAGGGUGCGGCCGGGUGCUGCGGCAGGGUCAGGCUGCCACUUCUUCAAGGCCUCUCCCAGCUUCCUGGCGCUUCCGGGCUGCCGGCCUCCCUCCUCCAGAGGAAGACAGCCUCUUAUCUGGAACUUAUCUCCUGUCAACUAAGUGUUUUCUGUCCUUUGUUUUUGCUGCAGCCUGAGGCAAACAGAUGGGAUGGGGCAGCCGGAGACAGGGGGCCUGUCCUAUCCCAAAGUCUGCCCACUUGCCUGUAGCCUCUGGCCAGGCUCCUCUGCUGCCAACUGCUGUCUUCCCAGUUUGCCUCUAGUUAAAAGGAUACCACUUGAUCAUGUCAGUUCUAGGAGCCUCAAAGACUAGGCCAAAAUCUGGAUUCCCGGAUGUGACACUGGGGCCCCGGCAAGAGCCUGUCCCUGCCACUACCCCCAUCCUCCUCUGGCCCCACACUUCACCCAUCUGUAGUUUUGACUUCUAGAUCUGACCCACCCUCUCUGGAAGCUCUCCUUUACUUCCUCCUGCGGGAGGGAGCCGCCCUCACCCCGGUUCUGGGUCCCCCUGCAGAGUACUCUGCUGGGGGGCGGCAGCACCAUUCUGAGAGGCGGGCUGUCCCCUGGACAGGAAACCACAGCAGGGGCUGGGGCAUGAUUCAUUUCUGUUCACCCGGUACUGCACCGGCCUGAUCUAGAGGGGGCGCCAAUAAAUCUUUCUGGAAAUGAG